AUGGCGGAGAGUGCUGGUGUGCUGACGGAGCAAAGCAUCUUGCCGCCAAGUUUCGAAUCCAACUUGUCACCAUCGCAAAAAGCAACUUUGGAACGCGUCCUUCUUGCGAUCAGGAGCGAUCAUUUCUAUGUUACACACCCGGCCACACGUCGAAAUGAGGAAAACUUUCUACUAUUGGCUCAAACAGCAGCUCAAACAGCAGCUCUUCCCUUAGACAAGACUCAUGUAAUCGAUUACAAAAAGCCUGAACUUCUAUGUCUCAACUAUCCAACAGUUCUGCUGGAGCGAAAUAUCAAAGACGAGCUAUUUCGUGCUGCACUUUUCAAGAAUGAGUCGGUUGAUAUUUCAAAGAAUUCACCUGGUAUACAAAAUGAAAAGAAAGGAAUAGGACGUCUCUCCAAUACCGCGACUAGGCGUUCGAAGAAAAAGCCAAAAAUUGUCGGACUCUGGGAAGCAAAUAGCGAUUCGUUAAAUGCCUUCUUGAGACUUCUUAGGGAUGGAAACGCUAGACGGCAGCAAAUUUUUGAUACAUUAGCACAAUGCUUCAAGCAACUUCAAUCUUUUUGUACAUUAAAUGAAAAGGCAUGGAAGCAUUUUGCUGUUGUAAGAACGUAUGCUUUGCGUACCCAAAAGCUACACCAGUACGCGUUCAAUUGUGGAGUGUUGGAAGUGAAUGGUCCACUGGCAAAGUUUCUCCAAAGUAUAUUCCAACGAUACUUCUCUAUGCCAGCAAGGAUAAGUGAUGAAUCAAAGGCAUGGCUUCAAACUAAAAAAGUGGUGAAGAUUUUCCUAAAUCCGCAAAAUUCUGACUUGAGGAUUCUGUUGCUUGAGAUUGUCCAAAAAUUUCUUGCCAAGUUUAUAAAAGCACACGUGACCAGUUUUGUCGGUGAUGCAGAGACUACGAUUAAAGAAGCCAAACGACAACUUUUCUUGGUUGGCUACCAAGAAAUUCAACUGCUUCACGACUUUUUGCUGAAUGGAAUCAAUUAUCAAUCGGAAUUGGGA